AUGCGUUUCAGAGCUACCGUAGAGAAUGUCCCAAUUUUCUAUCGUCUCAUACAAGCAGUGGAAAAACUGCAGAAAAAUUGUAUCAUGAAAUUCACAGAAACUGAAAUGCACGUCAUCUGCAACGAUGAGGCGAACGAGGGUGGCAUUCAAGUCUGGUCCGUCGUAAAAAUCGACUCCAUAUUCACAUCAUACAGAAUCCAGUCCAAUGCAAAUAAUGCAAUAACUGUGACACUGUCUACAGAAGCCCUGCUGGCAGCUCUUCGAUCGUCUUCUUCAUCAGCGUCGUCGUCAUCUGUUGCAGCUGCUAUCAUCCCGACGUACGACGCUGACGAAGUUGUCAUGAAACUUGCAAAGAAAAAUGAUCAGGCCGUGUUAAGUUUCGAGAUGUUCGGGAUGUCCAGGUCAGGACGCAAAGUCCGCGUCGCACAUGAUGUACGCAUAGACGUGAUGCGGCCAGCGGAGAGUGAUAAACUACACGAACCACGGUGCCCGGACCCAGAUGUUCACAUCAUGCUCCCCUCUCUACAAAAGCUCCGCACUAUCGUAGAAAGGCUACGUCCUCUCUCAGAUGUACUUGCACUGCGCGCGAACAACAGCGGCAACCUCCAAUUGUCCAUCAAUACCGACACCGUCAAAGUCGAGACACAAUGGGUUAAAUGCGCCAACCCAUCAAUGGCCAAACACGGGGUUGCUGAGAACGACGGCGAUGUCGACGACGAUGCAGACGACGAUUCGCUGGAUAAGCCUGACCCUGACAAAAUGUUUUGCGUGCUCGUGUCCAUCCGCAGCUUCCUCAAGUUUUUGAACAGCCAUGUUGUAUCCGCCACCACCAUCGCGUGUUUAUGUCAUAAUCACUGUGCUAUCUUGUAUGUCUACAUCGGCGAGAUAGCUGACGCAGGAGGCGUCCUCACGUACUAUAUUCCGACUGUCAUCGAUGGCGACGAGUAA